CCUGCUUCUCCUCGACUUGGCCGCUGGGAACUGAUUUGUCCACCCACCAGCAUGCUCGCCCCUUCUUCUUCUUCGUCGUCGUCGUCGUCGUUGUCGCCAUCGUCGUCCUGCCUAUAUCUGCCCGCCGUGCGCGCGACCCGCAGCUGAUGAUCCGCCGCGUUGGCGAUCACGAGGCGUACUCCGCCCUGCGGGCGUCGGAGCUGGGGGACGGCACGUUGGAGGCCCGCGAGCUUGAGGACGCGAUGGCGUACGUGAAGGUGUACGAGCAGCCGGGCAGGCCGCUGCUGGUGCAGCAGAACGACAGCAUCGUGAAGAAUCACAGCAUCGGACUGUACGACGGGUGCAAGAACGCCGUCGAGGAGAGGAGGGACCACUUCGACGCGCAGUGUCUGUGGAGGCUGCUGCCUGGCGCGCCCAAGGGCCCCGGGGAGCCGCGCGCGGCGGCGGCCCGGGUAUCCGAGUGGCUUGCGCGAGGACGGCGAUGGCGGCGUACGAAAGAUGGCGGAACGAGCUGACCAGCGACCGCCAGCCUGCCUGCCCGGUCCGGGCCUGGCCAGCUGCCUGCCCAGUCCGCGCACACCUGCCUGUGCCUGUCGGCUCAAGCAACCGCUGGACAGCGGCAGCGGAGGCAGGGCCAGAGGCGGGGGUUCAGGGAGGCUUCGCGCGCGGGCAGCUCCGCAGCGGCGCAUUUUAAAAUCUGCGGCUGUCGCGGUACAGUAGUCGCGAUUUGUUUCAUCGUUUCGUCGAGCGCGGGAUUGUCACCCAC